AUGAUCGGUCUGACUUCUCUGGUUUCUCCCACCACUCCACCAGCCUGGCUGAGCUACCCGAGCCCGCCAAACAUCAGUUGUCGUCAAGCGCUCAUAUUGGUUACUGUUUGUAGUUUUUCUUUCCCCACCCUUUGGAAACUACCUUACACUACUGCCGGGUACGUGACAGUAUUGAGUGACAGAGAGGCUGGCGAAAUUCAUUUUAACUUUCUCCUUCUUUCUUUCUUUCUUUCUUUCUUUCUUUCUGCAUUCAUUCUAACUUUUCUCUCUCUUCUUUCUUUCGUCGUUUCUUCUUCCAUUCUUGUCUGUAUUUCUUUCUUUCUUUCUUUCUUUCUUUCUUUCUUUCUUUCUUUCUUUCUUUCUUUCUUUCUUUCUUUCUUAUUUACUUACUUCUUUCUUUCUUUCAUUCUACCUUUCUUUCCUUCAUUUUUAUUUCCUGCUUUCUUCAUUCUGCCUUCAUUCUAUAUUCCUUCCACUUUCAUUCAUUCUCAUAUUUUUCUUUUUUCUUUCAUUUUACGUUCAUUUCUUUCAUGUUUCUCUUAUUUUUUAUUAUUAUUUCCUUUAUCUUUCUUUCUUUCUUUCUUUCUUUCUUUCUUUCUUUCUUUCUUUCUUUUCCCGUUCGUUUCCGAUUUGUUUUUUGUUUCUUUCUUUCUUUCCUUUUUUCUCCAUUUCAUUCUCCUUUCUUUCUUUCUUUGUUUCUUUUCCCGUUGGUUUCCGAUUUGUUUUUUUCUUUCUUUCCUUUUUUUUUCUUUCCUUUCUUCUUUCUUUUUUCUUUCUUUCUUUUCUUUCUUUCUUUUUUCCUUCCUUCUUUCUUUUGAUUUUCUUUUUUUUCUUUCUUUCUUUUCCCAUUUCGUUUCAUUUCGAUUUUUUGUUUCUUUCUUUCCUUUUUUCUCCAUUUCAUUCUCCUUACUUUCUUUCUUUCUUUCUUUCUUUCUUUCUUUCUUUCUUUCUUUCUUUCUUUCUUUCUUUCUUUCUUACUUUCUUUCUUUCUUUCCCUUUUACCUUCAGUUUCACUUUCUUUCUUUCUUUCUUUCUUUAUUUCAUUUCUUCUGCUUUACGUUCUUUCUCUCCAUUAUUACAAUCUUUCCCUUCAUUCACUUUCCAUUCGUCUUUUUCUGUCCUCCGUUUUCUCUUUAA